CAGAGUCCUGACUUUUGGGGCGGCCGCCCGAGAGGAGGGAGGGGGAGUAGGCGCCCGGCACACAGAGCUGCAUUAACCUCCCUGGCGAGCCGCGGCUUGCCGACCACUGAGCUACGGCAACCCUAUUGCCUGUCACCUGGUGGGCAGUGUGCUCCGGAGCCGCAGCAAAGGUGAAAAAGAGCCGCAUGCAGCUCUGGAGCCGCGGGUUGCCGACACCCGUACUACACGAUCAGUACCAUUUUGCCCCUUGGCUCGUUUCUUGCGAGCCUCAUAAGGUGGAGCCAUUUGGGAAGGUGCUACCAGGGUUU